AUGAUGCUCAUGUUGUUGUUCAUCAUGCAAUAUGCCAAAACGACACAUUGUGCAACCAUCCCUUUUAACGUAAUCGUUGCAAAAGAUAAUUCAGGCAAUUUUACCACAGUGAGCGACGCAGUAAAAGCAGCCCCCAAGAACAGCAAGACACGCUACAUGAUCAGAAUCAAACCGGGGAGGUACAAAGAGCGCGUCGAAAUUGAAUCGGAUUUGACAUACAUCAGUCUAAUAGGAGAUGAUGUAACAACAACGAUCAUCACCUUUGACCGCAACAAUGACCCCCUCUACGCAAAGGAAAACCGCCAAUUCUACAAAGACUGCAAAAUCUACGGCACUGUCGACUUCAUCUUUGGCCAUGCUAAAGCCGUCUUCCAAGACUGUCACAUCUACGCUCGUCCGGAAACCUUAAUCACUGUCACCGCGCAAAACCGAGCAAGCGAUAGUGAGGUCAAUGGCUUCUCCUUCCAAGGCUGUCAUGUGGAAGCCGCUCCAGGGCUAACACCGCCGCAAAGGGCAAACUUGAGAGUCUUUCUCGGUCGUCCGUGGGAUAGCGGUCUCGGUGCCGACACUUCAAAGAGAGUGAAUUGGAAAGGUUACCAUGACGUCAAGAAGUGGAUGGAAGCUGAUUGGUUUACGGUGGCCAAGGUUAUUGAUGGGGAUAGCUGGGUACCUGAAACUAGUGUACCUUAUAGGAGUGGAUUACGUAUUGUAAGUUGA